AUGGGGUUUGACCCUUUGAGAUGUUCAUUUGUGAAAGCAGUCCAAGUGAUCUAUGAAGGGACUGAAUCAGCAUGGGAGCAUAGAAUGGAGGUUUAUAGGAGAUGUGGUUGGACAGACUAUGAGAUUAUGUUGAUGUUCAGACAGGGUCCUUACAUUAUGAAGUCAUCUGAGAAGAAAAUAAUGAGUGGGAUGGAUUUUUUGGUUAAUAGAAUGGGUUGGCAACCUGCGGCUAUUGCUAGAUUUCCAAUAGUUUUCUUGCUCAGUUUGGAGAAGAGGACAAUUCCAAGGUGUUCAGUGGUGAAAGUUCUGCGAAUGAAGGGGUUGGUAAAGAAGAAUUUGAGCUUAAGUGCUAUUUUGGCUUGCACUGGAAGGGUUUUCUUGGAUAAGUUUGUGGUCAAAUAUCAGGAAGAUAUUCCUCACUUGUUCAAUGUAUAUAAAGGGAAAAUGGAUUUUCUGGAACUCGACUUUGGAUCUGACAUAAGGGGAUGA